AUGGCGUCAAUUGCUCGAUCUCUGAGGGCGCUCCGGCCCGCGACCUUUGCAAAGACUGUCCCCAUGACGGGCGUCAUCGGUAUCUCCGAAUACGCUGCCGAGGCCCUCGGUGACGUCGUCUACGUCGAGCUCCCCGAGGCCGGUGACUGGGUCGCCGCCGGCGACGCCAUUGGCGCUGUCGAGUCUGUCAAGUCCGCGUCCGACAUCAACACUCCCGUCAAGUGCAAGGUCGUCGCCACCAACGGCUCGCUCGAGGAAAAGCCCUCCAUCAUCAACCAGGUGCCCGAGGACGACUCCGCCGGCGGCGGCUGGCUCGCCAAGGUCGAGGUCGACGAGACUAGCAUUGAGGAAUUCAACCAGCUCUUGACCGCCGACGAGUACAUCCAGUUCACCAAGGAGGUACAAGAGGAGGAGUAA